CUUAUCAUUGCCCUCAGGCUCCACUUCACCUUACUGCUCCUUUCCACCUUACCAUCAUGGGCGUAACAAUCCAGACUCUCGUUGCAGGUGAUGGCGUGACAUUUCCCAAGCCGGGAGAGAGCGUGACCCUGCAUUAUGUCGGCACCCUCACGAAUGGCAAAGUCUUCGAUUCGUCUCGUGACCGUCGCCUGCCCUUCACCGUCGAGAUUGGGGAGGGAAGGGUCAUUAAGGGCUGGGAUGAGGGCGUGCCCCAGCUUUCUCUCGGGCAGAAGGCGAUUUUGACCAUCACCCCGGACUACGGCUACGGCGACCGCGGUUACCCGCCUAUCAUCCCGCCCGGCGCUACGCUCUUCUUCGAAGUCGAGCUGCUCAAGAUCGAGUGACGGUGCCCGAUUCCUCCAUCCUGGUUAGAGCCCUAUGUGGAUGUUAGUCCCCGCGAGAAAGCGUUGGCAAAGCAUCGUGAGCGGGAGCGUCUGCGUCGGGAGAAGCGUCAACAGGAGCAGCAGCAGCGGUAGUACUGACCAGUAACAAGCCGCUUUUAGCACAUGAUGGAGGAUGGGAGGUAACGUGAUCCACCUCCACCUAUCCACCUCCUUUCCAAUCACAC